AUGUCAAGCCGUACUGCCAGUUCAUUGUCCUCGAACGAUCCUUCCGCAGCUUCCUCGUCUAGCUCAAGCAUCAGCAGCUCGAUUCUCUCGAGUGCAUCCGAGGUCUCAUCGAGUAGCUCCUUGCAAAUUGGCUCAUCCUCAUCGCCUUCUUCGUCUACUAUAGGCAGUGUCGUUUCGAGUCCUUCUGCAAGUUCUGCCGCAUCCACGGCAAGACAAACAUCGUCUCAAUCUGCUUCGGUCGCCAUAUCAGCCAGUUCAGCUCCUGCAUCGUCCGCUGCCGGCUCGCAGACCUCUUCUUCAUCUUCCUCCUCCUCCUCCACCACCACCUCCUCCUCUCGCUCUUCGUCCAGACCCAUUUCGUCAAGUAUUCGAACGAGCUCGAGCUCGUCCUCGUCUUCGUCUUCUCGAAACGCUUCCCUAUUAAGCACAAGCUCUGUAGCAUCUGCGGCACCCACACCAGUCCGCAAUUUUGGCAAACGUGGUCUAUCUUACAACAAGGCAAAUCUCACUACGCCUUUCUCCCUCAGUGGACAGGGUAGCCAAGUCUCUUGGGCCUACGACUGGUACUACGCACCAUGCACUACUCCCGGUGUGAAUGAUUGCAACUUCAAUCCAGCGCUCGAGUUCGUUCCCCUACUUUACAAUAACGAUCCCAAUCUUUUGUCCAAAUGGCCUGCUGCAGCUCAGAUCGCCAUUGACAAUGGUUCUACCGCUCUUAUGUCAUUCAACGAGCCCGACUACUGCAUCGAUGGCAGUGCUUGCAUGAAUGUGUCUACCGCGGUCUCCUUCCAUCAACAAUACAUGCAGCCCUUUGCUGGCAAAGCUCUGAUUGGUGCUCCUGCUGUCACCAAUGCUGGUGGCACAGACGCCGCUCCUGUGGGCUUGCAAUAUCUUCAGUACUUCCUUGGCAACUGCACAGGUUGUACCAUCGACUUCAUCAACCUCCACUGGUACAGCAACAAAUACGCGGGUGCUUCGUACCUCGAGUCACACAUCAACUCUGCCCGUGCCAUAGCUGCAGGAAGACCCAUCUGGAUCACUGAAUUUGGCUUGAACAAUGAGUUCAGCUAUACUGAUGCCGAGUUGCAGGCGUUUUUGCAGAAGGCUAUGCCAUGGAUGGAUCAGCAGCCUGAUGUGGCUAGAUAUGCGUACUUUAUGGAUGCACCUGGAAUCUUGAUCAAUUCUGCUGGCAAUGCAAUCAGUGGGACAGGUAUAGUCUACAACAGUUUCACCAACAACACGCGGCAGCUUAACGCAUAUACUUGA